AUGGUUAUUGACCGAUGUGUCUGUAUGUCUCCUGAAGAAAAAGUUUGUAAGUACUGUGGAGUCAGCUAUCUAAUUCUUCACGAGUUUAAGGCUAUGGAAGAAAAAGUGAGAGCAAUGGAGAAAGAGAUGACAUUUUAUCAAGGAAGCGUGGACCGUGAGAAAAGACUGCAAGAAAAACUACAGUCUCUUAGCCAGGAUUUUCAACAGUACAAGAUUGCCAGUGAAUCUGAAAUAGAAAGAAUUCAAAAUGCAAGCAUGCAAUUAAAAAGUCAACAAGAUGAAUUUAAGAAAGUACAAGAAGAAUUGAGUAAUUUACAACAGGAAUUAAAAAUGAAACAUAAAGAGUCACAAAUCUUCAGUCAAAGGUUGAUGGAGUACAAAUACUUUUGGAACAAGACACUUUCAUUCCUUAAUUCUACUAAAAGGGAGCUAACCAGUAUUAGAAGUGAAAUAUUUGAUAAUUUCCAAAACUGGACUUCACUUAAAGAAGAAGUUUUUCUGCAGAUUAAAUCUCUAAGUGAAACAGCCUUGACAGAAAUAGCUGGACUGAAUAAAAGUUUGACAAUUUCCCAGAAAACUAAGGUAUGGCUUGAAGAAGAAUUGAAAAGUGUGAAAUUGUCGUCAGAUGCAGCCACAUGGAGAUCUCAGCAGACUCAGACGUCAAAUCCACAGGAAGUGAACUUGCAAACUAGAUGCUAUGAUUUGCAAAAGGAAGUACUAGAUUUGCAAAGUCACAUAGAGGCACUUGGGCUAAAACUUCAGAAGGCCAUGGCGGAAGUGGACAACUAUAAAGAAAUGCUCACGAAUAAAUCUAAUGAAGCUAAUGACUGUCAAAGAAAACUUAGAAAACUGACGUUUGAAUCUAUUAUUUCUGAGUCACGUCACACGAGACAGCUUAGAGAAAAAGAAGAAUCUUUAACAGCUUGUCAAGAAUCAUACAGAACUUUACAGGAGAAACUAACUACAAAAGAAAGACAGCAAGAUGACAUAAAAAGAAGAAUCACCCUUGCAGAAAAUGAACUUGAAGUAACGAAAACUCUUCUGAAUCAGACGAAGGAAGAGGUGGUAGCACUGAAAAAUGAAAGAGAGUUGCUGCUGAUUUCCCAUCAGAAAAGCAUCGAGCAGCUGCAGGAAACCCUCAGGCAGAAGCUGCUGAAUGACGACAACUGGAGGGAGAAGAUUGAAGCUGAACUCACUAAGGAAAGAGCCCAACAUUUAGCUGAAUUUGAGGAGCAAGCACUUCUCUUCAAGGAAGAAACUAAAUUGAUACUUGAUAUUGAAAAGGAAAAAUACCAAGGAAUGAUCCAAAAGCACCAGAAAGAGCAAGAGGAACUGCAAAUGAAGAUAUCUGACUUAAUCACAGACGCUACUAGAGAUCUAAGACUGGAAGUAGCUACUCUCCAAGAACAACUCUCAGCGGCCCACAUGCGAUACACUCAAGAAUCGGAGUCGAAGGAGAAAGAAAUGGAAAAUCUGAGAAGUCUGCUCGCAGAAUUUGAAUCUCGCUUGAAGACGGAAAUUGACAGUGGUGAUUCCAUUUCGGAGGACCUGAGGAAGGAAAUGAAACAGAAGUCGGAUGAGCUGGAAAGAGUAACGCGGGCACAGAUACAACUGAGGCAGCAGCUUACCCAUUCCCAGGAAGAGAACACUUUUCUUCAGGAAACAGUGCGCAGAGAAUGUGAAGAACGCUUUGAACUGACAGAGGCCUUGAGUCAAGCCAGAGAAGAGCUCCUGGAGCUUAGGAAGCUCAGUGGAAGUUUCCCCCUGUCACGGGACUCCCUCAGCCAGGGCAGCCUAACCUCUGCUGCCACAGUCAGUAAUCCUGGCGGAAAAAGCCUGGUGAGGCUGCACUCUGCAAAGGGCAUCAGAGUCCCCAGCCUGCAGCAAGGGGCACUGCCCAUGGGGCCCUCAGAGAAGCCCAAGAGGAUGAGCAGCUCAAGUCUGCCUGUUCUCGCUCAGCCACACCCUCCCAAGGCUCACACAUCCUCAGUAAAUGAAAACAGACCAAGACUGGCUGCCAUUCUUCGGAGAAGGCUAAGUCAGCAGUGA